GUUUCGGUGCAAUCGAUGUUGUAACCUAUUGCUUCUGGUUCCAUUAAUUCUUUAGAGUUUUAAUAACAAAUUAAUUAAAACAUUUAAAAAUAAUGAUUAUGCUGAGUAGAACAUCAUCACUAAGUAUACGAGUGUUGGUAUCUCGUAUAGCCGGCGCACGCAAUUACAGCAAAGAUUACGAUUCAUCCGACGACGAAAAGGAACCAAAAUCAAAACAAAAAAAGAGUAAAGAUGUGAAAAAAGCUGAAAUUCAACAUACAGCUACACCUAAUAAGGCUGAAGUGGAAUCUACUGAAGAACCGGCUAUCACACGCCUGAACCGUUUGCUGUCUAGCAUGCCAACAGAGAAUAAUUAUUCAUUAGCAAAUAAAAAUAACAAUGUAACAUUACCACGACCAGGUGAUGCACAUAAAAAACGAAAAGAAGAAUCUAAAAAAGAAACUGAGACGAAAGAUAUUUUUGUUGCCGCAAAACGUGUGGCUUCUCUAGCUGGAGAUGGUGAGCAAAACCAGCAAAUAGAAUCGGAAUUGCUUGCGAAACUACUAGGCCAUAAUCAAGAAGAGAAAGAUAUUAACAAAUCGAACGAUGCUGCAUCAAAUAAUGCGAGUUCAGAAUUAAGUCUAAGUGAAUUGAUUGUGGGUAUGAAAAUUGAUCGCUCACAGCCACCAAAAGAGUUAACACGUGGUGAAUUUGUGCGUCGCUCUAUUGCGGCAAAAAGUAAACCACACCGGCAACAAGAUCAACAAAGUGUGCGUAAAGAACGUAAACGUGAAGCAGCAACCUAUACAGGCAGUGUUAACUUAUUUGGAUCCGAGCCGCUGGGCAUUUUCAAAAAUGCUGCAGAACUUCGCGAUGUACCCGAUAUACUCACCACCUGGGCACAUCUACAUAAAAAUGAACUAAAACUGUUGGUAACACAUCCGCCCGCAAAUUAUUUCGAAAAGUUAGCAUUAUGGACGGAGCAAGGAAAAGUUUGGCGUUUUCCAAUUGACAAUGAGCAGGACCUAAGUGAGGAAGCGAAUGUAGACUUCUCUGAGCAUAUCUUUCUGGAUCAACACUUAGAGCCAUGGUGUCCAGAAAAAGGGCCCAUACGUCAUUAUAUGGAACUAGUGUGUGUCGGUCUUUCAAAGAAUCCAUACAUAACAGCAAAAGAGAAGAAAGAGCACAUACUGUGGUAUCGUGACUACUUUGAGGCGAAAAAGGAUAUACUCAAAGAUUUGAUUAGCCAAGAGAAGAAGCCAGGCGCAAGUGGAGAACAGAAAAAGCUGAGUUCAUAAGCUAAUUGGCUAGUUGUAUGUUAUGUGCAAAUAAAUAUAGAAUGUUUUCACAAAAUGA